AUGGCAAAGGAGAUGGGAUUGUUGGGUUCUUGGGUUGAGGUUGCUCCUGCCCUUCUGAUAUCUCCCAACAAGACUUCAACUUGUCCUGAAUUGGAGACAAUAGCUGAAGAGUGGGAGCUGGAGUUAGAGGAGUAUGAUCAAGAGGCCAAACAGAUUGAAAUUUUACUGAAUUCUUCUGUGCUGAUUAUGUAG